AUGCAAUCAACCCAAUUCUUCUUCUUCUUUUCUUUUCUGUCCGCUCCUCCGAGGCCCCCCUGCCUCUCCUGCAUCCACCGUCUCGUCUCAAAUCAAACCACCUCUCGCUCGGAUCCUCCCUUCCGUCCUCCCCCAAUCCGUCCUCAACCCUACCUCUCGGCGGCGACGGCGGCGGGGGCAUGAGGCGGUGACCGUGCACGCGGCCUCAUCUGUCUGCGCGCGGGCGGCGAGCAUUGCGGCCGGAGGCGAUCGCGAGGGGGGCGCGGAGCAUGGCGUCCGCAGCGUCGGGCGGCGGGGCGGGCGGUCUGAAGACCCACUUCAAGACCCCCGAGGGGCGGCACAAGCUGCAGUACGAGAAGACGCACUCCCCCGCCGUGGUGCACUACAGCCACGGCGGAAAGACCGUCUCCCAGAUGACGGUGGCAUAUUUGAAGGAGAAGCCGGCCGGUCAGGGCUCCACGCCUUCAACACCAAGUGCCGGCAGUGGGAUGCGAUCUGCAGCUGCAAGGCUGUUAGGUACUGGGAAUGGGAGCCGGGCGCUUAGCUUUGGGAACAAUGGUGCCAGCAGGGCUGUCUCAGGAAGCAGCCGCAUGGGUGGAGGCAUUGGCGCAUCAACCAGUGCAAGUGAAUCACAAGGCAUGGUGAAUUAUGAUGGCAAAGGCACAUACAUCAUAUUCAAUACUGCUGAUACGCUCUUCGUCAGCGAUCUCAACUCACAUGACAAGGAUCCAAUAAAGUCCGUCCACUUCAGCAGCUCGAACCCGCUUUGCCAUGCAUUUGACUCGGAAGCCAAGGAUGGGCAUGACCUGCUCGUUGGCGUGUUUUCAGGAGAUGUCUAUUCAAUGUCAUUGAGGCAGCAGUUGCAAGAUCCUGGAAAGAAGCCCGUUGCAUAUCAGCAUUUCAUUAAUAAAGACAAAGACAAAGAUAAAGAUACAACUGCAGGUGGCGCCACCAGCAGCCGGUGCACUUGUGUUGCAUGGGUGCCAGAGCGUGACGGCAUUUUUGUUGUUAGCCACGCUGAUGGAAAUUUGUAUGUGUAUGACAAAUCCAAGGAUGGAAACACUGAUUGGACAUUUCCAACUGUGAAGGAUCAAAGUCAGCUGAUGAUUUCACAUGCAAAGUCGAGUAAGGGCAAUCCAGUUGCAAGAUGGCACAUCUGUCAAGGUGCAAUCAAUGCCAUAUCGUUUUCCCCGGAUGGAGCUUACUUGGCAACUGUUGGGCGAGAUGGUUAUUUAAGAGUAUUUGACUUUGCGAAAGAACAGCUAAUCUUUGGUGGAAAAAGUUACUAUGGUGCACUGUUGUGUUGCUCUUGGAGUGCGGAUGGCAAAUAUUUGUUAUCAGGUGGUGAAGAUGAUCUUGUGCAAGUAUGGAGCAUGGAUUACAGAAAGAUAGUUGCGUGGGGCGAGGGGCAUAAUUCAUGGGUUAGUGCAGUUGCUUUUGAUCCGUAUUGGUCCCCACCAAAUUCUGAUGAAACAGGAGAAAAUGUCAUGUAUCGCUUUGGUUCUGUUGGUCAGGACACCCAACUGCUUCUCUGGGAUCUGGCAUUGGACGAGAUUGCUGUCCCUCUGCGCCAUCCUUCUGGUGGCUCACCUACAUUCAGCAGUGGAAGCCCUUCUACACACUGGGAUAAUGCAUGCACUCCAACAGGUGUUCUUCAGCCUUCUCCACGGAUGCGAGACGUACCAAAGCUCUCACCCCUUAUUGCACACCGGGUACAUGUAGAUCCCCUCUCUGGCCUGGAAUUCACCAGUGAAUCAAUCCUCACCAUAUGCCGUGAGGGGCUAAUCAAAAUCUGGGCCAGACCCAGCAAUAGUGAGAACCAGCAGCCGGAUUCUUCCGAGAAGGUCGUAGGCAGCACUUCGAAGGAUAAGAUGAUAACAUCGUCAAACAAAGCAGGCUCCUCCAGCUCCAGCUUCAAGCAACCAUCAUCGGUUGUUUUCACAUGAUUGAAGGCUUUGCUAGCAUUUUUAUCAUGCUCGCAUCUUUUGUCACUAAGGUGGGGAUUAAUGGAGCGGGAGUAGCUUGGGAGGCUGCCAGCAAAGGAGGCCUUUUUUUUUUCCUGCUUUGUCGAGGGUUACAGAAGUGUCAUUAUUGCCAUCUAUGUGGCGAAAGAAAAUAACGGAACUUGCUCCUGUACAUAUACAGAUAUUGUCGUAAGAUGAAUAUUACCAGCUUGCUGGUUAUGUUUGAUAUUA